AUGUCUGCUGUGUCACGUAUAGCUCAGACGCUGAGGUACUUUGCCACAGCGUUCUUUUGUUACGUACUGGAAGUAGCAACUUCAUGUUGGCGGACCCUUCGAUAUAAGUUACGAAAUGCGAGAACACCUGCUGAUCAACUACGGAGUGACUUAUGGCAUGCAAAAACAUAUAAAGAGUGGGCGGCUAAAGCUCAUAAACUAGACCUGCUUUUAGGAAACGAUGCAUGGAAAGAAGAUCCAAAGUCACCUUAUUAUGAUAGCGAAUUGAUAAAGUCUCGAUUAGAUCAUCUAAAACAAGUACGAAUGAAUAAUGAUGUGACAGACAUGAUCUAUUUACUACGAUCAGGCUUGCUACGAAAUUUGGGUGGAUUGAAUGACCCAAAAUUAUUUGAACGAUCAUAUUUAGGAACCAAAAAAUUAAUAGAAGAUUACACCCAAGAAGUAGUACGCCAGCUCGAGUAUAUUGGCGACACAAAUUUCAAUGAUUUACAGCCUCGAUCUAAAAUUGAUUUUUAUUAUGAGACGCGACAAAGUUUUGGGUGCACUGCGCUAGUGCUUUAUGGUGGCGCUACUUUCGGUCUUUACCAUUUGGGAGUUUGCAAGGCAUUAAAUGAACAUGGAUUAUUGCCAAGAAUUAUUAGCGGAACUGCGAUCGGUGCUUUGAUUGCUGCUCUUGUUUGUAUUCACACAGACGAUGAAUUACCGUCUGUUUUUAAACCCGAUGGCAUUGACCUUGGUGCAUUCAGCAAAGUUGGCCAAAAAGGAAACAUCCAACGAAAAAUUAGUCGAUUCUUGAAGCAUGGUUAUCUCAUGGAUGUUAAGGUUUUGGAAGAAUGUGUCAGAAGCAAUGUCGAGGAUCUCACUUUCGAAGAAGCGUUUGCAAGAACAAACCGAAUUCUCAAUAUUACUGUCUCAUCCGCAAGGAAAUUUGAAGUGCCUCAACUUCUCAAUUACUUGACAGCUCCAAAUGUCUUGAUACGCAGCGCAGCUCUUGCUUCGGCUGCAAUGAUGGGUCUCUACAGUAGUGUCGAAUUGCUGGCCAAAGAUAAAACUGGCGCUAUUGUGCCUUGGGCACCUACGGACGUCAAAUGGAAAAAGUGGACUGAUGCUGUUCCCUCAGAGAGCGAAUCUCCAUUCCAAAGAAUUACUGAAUUAUUCAACGUGAAUCACUUUAUCGUGUCCCAAGCGAAUCCGUACAUUGUCCCAUUCAUGCCACAAGAACCAAUGUCACGAACCGCAAACAUUUUGUACAAAUGUGGUCAUUUUAUCUCGUCCGAAUUUAGACAUCGGAUAUUGCAGUUGGAGCAUAUGCGGUUAAUUCCAAAAAUACUUCGAGGCAUGGUUGACGAUAAAGUAUCAGGAAACGUCACUAUAGUACCACAUCUCGCUUUUAAGGACUUUAAAGAGCUUUUCUCAAAUCCGACUGCCGGUUCUUUAGAUUACUGGAUUCAGAAGGGCGAACAAUCAACUUGGCCAGUAUUAGCAUUAAUCAGAAAUCGGUGCAUGAUAGAGCUGGCUCUGGAUCGGACUUAUAUUAAAGUUAAAGCCGCAGCAUCGAGUGAACGCGUAGUUCAGCAUGAGCCGAAUGAUGCCAGGGAAAGAAAUGGACCGAGAAAGCGAACAAAAUCUAUGCAUUAA